AUGACUUGUGCUAGAAUGAAUGAAUUCAACAAGAAAUUUAACACUUCGUUUCAAAUUUAUAAUCCCAAAAACAGACAUUUUCACCCCAGAGACGUUCACGAUGAAUUAGAUUGGGUUUUUUACUUACACAACUCGCAUUUCUGUUUGAUUAGAAGAAGCCAAAAAAGUUUGGGAAUUCAAGAAAUAGAAGACAAUUACGAACAGGUGUGGAAAACGUGUAGAGACGACAACGCAGUAACACAGGUUUCACCCCUCAAACUAAACGUGCUUUCGAGUAUGAGUGAUGAUGCGUUAUUCGCUUGGGAUUGCGAAACGUAUUCAGAAAAAGACACGCGAAGAGCAAUUCCUUAUGCCUGCACUUUAAUUAAUUUAGAAAAACUAAGGAAAAUGUUAAACAGAAUAAAUAAUCUCUUUCCAGAUUUAAAGUCAUCAGAUCCCCUUCCAGAAGAAUUUUAUGAUAAACUAAUGAAUGUAGUAGAAAUAUUUGUAGGUACAGAUUGCAUCGAUCAAAUGUUGAAAUAUUUAGGUCAAUAUGAUAGAAAGAGAUUAAUAUUAAUUUCUCAUAACGGCAGUGGAUUCGACAACUGGAUCGUGCUUAAAAAUGCAAAAAAACUAACGCAUUGCCCUUUAAAAACACCCAGAGGAAUUCUAUCUUUUCCUUUAUCUAAUCCAUACACGGAUGAAGAUUUACAGAAAAAAUGGAAAAGACAGAAAGAAAUAAAGGGUAAUUAUUUACAACAUAUUAAUUUCACGUGUUCCUAUCAACACGAAUCCUCUAGUUUGGCUGCAUGGGGAAAUUCUUCCAAUCUUCCCGCGAAUUUGAGAAAGGUUGCCGACGUAGAUAUCGCUAAAUACACGCAAGACAACUGGGAGGAAUUGAGACACGAAUGGGAACCUUACGCCAAGAGAGACACUCUCUGUUUGGGAGCUUGUUUGAUAAAAUACAACCAAGUGACGAAAGAAGUUGUAAACCAGAAUAUGUCCAAUAAUCUAACGGCUCCAUCUUUAUCUUUAAAGGGUUGGUAUUAUUUAUAUCAUUACGAUAAAGAAAUGGUGGAAGCAGAAUGGUAUAAAACUACUAGAAUGGUUGCGAAACAUACCGAAAAAGAAAACGUAGAAAAAGUUUAUUCGCACACUAAUCCUUUUAUAAGAAAUUUUAUCAGACGAUCUAUUAAAGGAGGAAGAGUUUCGGCAAAUAGAAAAUCAUUUGAAACGAACAAAAUGGAUGAAAUUUGUAUCGUAUUAAAGGAAUAUACAGAACUUGAAAGUAAUAACAUAAUUGAUUUAUUCAAAGAAUACAGCGCAAGCACAAAAGACAAAACGGAGGUUCAUUCGAGACUUAAAAAAAUAGAAUGUACUAAACUAAUGGCAUUUGAUGCUAACGGUUUAUACGCUUCCGCCAUGUCGGAUUUAGACAGUGAAUAUCCUAGAGCGGACCGUUUCUACUAG